UAGACCACUCCCUCAUUCCCUGGUACCCAUUCAGAACAUCCACACCACUUAAAAGGACCAUGCCACAGUGAAGAGAGUAAAAGUCUUACUGGCUCAUGAGAGGUGACUGCCCAACAACAAUAACAAUAAGAGAAGAAACUGUUUGGGAAGAAUUCAUUAGUUUUAUACAAACAUACAACAAAACUGUAAACUACUACUACUGCUCACGAUGGAAUACCUGAAGCUACCAGGUGAGAUUGGGGUGGAGGAUAAAGAAGACAGGAUCAUGAGCGGCAGCAAUAAGCCAUCCUCCGGCCAGAAGGGAGGCCUGGAGCCACCAGGGGCGGGGGAGAACCCGCACACGGACCUCAGUCGAGUAUACAGCAAGGAUCUGUUGCCAACAGCGGGGGGAGAAAGCCUUACUUGCAAAUUCUUCCAGGAACUGGUCAAUAUCCUCAUGGAUUACAUCUUCAAGUCCAACGAAAGGAGCUCCAAGAUCCUUGACUUCCACCACCCCCACCAGCUGAAGGAAGGCUUGGAGGGGUUCAGCCUGGACCUGCCAGACCACCCAGAACCCCUGGAGCAGAUCCUGGUGGACUGUAGGGACACGCUCAAGUACGGCGUGAAAACCGGUCACCCGCGCUUCUUCAACCAGCUCUCCUCGGGUUUGGACCUGGUCGGCCUCGCAGGCCAGUGGCUGACCUCCACAGCCAACACCAACAUGUUUACAUACGAGGUGUCUCCAGUCUUCCUGCUCAUGGAGGAGAUUCUACUGAAGAAGAUGCAAAGCAUUGUGGGAUGGUGCGAGGAAGAGGGAGAUGGUCUCUUCUGCCCAGGCGGAGCGUUGUCUAACCUCUACAGCCUACUGGUGGCCAGGUAUGACUUCUACCCAGAAGUCAAGACCAAAGGGAUGUGCGCUCUCCCACGUUUGGCCCUCUUCACCUCUGAGCAUAGCCACUACUCCGUCAGGAAGGCGGCGGCCGUGCUGGGGAUGGGCAGCGACAGCGUGCAGGUGGUGCCGUGUGAUGAAAGAGGGAAGAUGAUCUCGCGGGAGCUGGAGUCGUCCAUCGCGGAGGCCAAGGCCAAGGGUCUGGUUCCGUUCUACGUGAACGCCACGGCGGGGACCACCGUGUACGGGGCCUUCGACCCGCUGACGGCCAUCGCCGAUGUCUGCGACCGACACAAGCUGUGGCUUCAUGUGGACGCUGCGUGGGGCGGAGGCCUGCUGAUGUCCAGACGGCACCAGGGCAAGCUGCAAGGUAUUGAACGAGCUUCGUCUGUGACAUGGAACCCCCACAAGCUGAUGGGGGCCCCCCUGCAGUGCUCAGCCAUUCUGAUCAAGAAGAGGGGUCUGCUACAAGAGUGUAACCAGCUCUGUGCAGAGUAUCUGUUCCAGAGUGACAAACACUACGACAUUUCUUACGACACGGGAGACAAAACCAUCCAGUGUGGCCGUCAUGUGGAUGUCUUCAAGCUUUGGCUCAUGUGGAAGGCAAAGGGCUCCGAAGGGUUUGGGUCCCAGGUGAAUAAGUGCUUGGAGAACGCAGAGUACCUGUUUAAGCAACUCCAAAGGAGGGCUGACUUCAAACUGGUCUUUGAGAGCAAACCGGAGCACAGCAACGUGUGCUUCUGGUACCUCCCCCCGAGCCUCAGGGGGCUGCCCCCCGGGCCCGACACGAACCGCAGGCUGCAUGAGGUGGCCCCCCGGAUCAAAGCCAAGAUGAUGGAGGAAGGGACGACCUUAAUUGGCUACCAGCCAUUGGGCUCAAACGUCAACUUCUUCCGAUGCGUCUUCUCCAAUCCCGCCACCCAGCAUGAAGACGUAGACUUCCUGCUGGAGGAGAUUGCUCGGCUUGGUUCCAACCUUUGAACAUUGUUUUUCCCCAAAAUUGUUCAUUCCUUAAGUAGGUUUGUAAUCCCUCUAGUUUGUCUGAGAUUGAGCUGUCCAGAUGCUCAGAUCAUCCGUUAUGAUAUAUAUCCGUCCUUGUGCCAACUGAUGGAAUUAAUGGAAAGCCAAGUCUAGUUUAGUGUGGCAGUCACAUGGAUUACAAUAUUAGUAUUUCCAGAACCGGAUUCACUAUGCACGAGAUUGUGCUUAACCCAAUCAGCCAAGUGAUAGAAAUAAAUGGAGCCCCAAAUUUCGUAAACCAAAAUGGAUUAGCCAUCCAUCUAGUUACUAGUUAGGUAACUAUGCAAGCACAUCAAGUCGUCUGCAGAUAUCAGUGACUGAAAAGAUACUACCGACACUAUGCAGGCUCACAAUUCAGAGAACAGCUAGUGGGUGGAAGCAAGGCAGAAAAUAAACAGCAUUGCCACAAGUGGCAAACAUGGCCGGAAAGGCCUUAAUUCCGAAUAAUUGUGAGAAAAGCAUUGACACCCUUGCAUUUCACAUGUCUGCAUUAUUGUUUAUUUAGGAAUGACUUAAUGAUUAGUCUAUAUUUACAAAGAGUGAUGCAUUAUCAAAUAAAGGAAUGCAUUAAUAAAAUCACAAAUGCAUGAUACAGUUAAAAAAGUAUAUUUAUUAAUUAUUGAAUGUUUAAAAAAAGGAAAGAAAUGUAAUUUGCUCGGAAUCUUCGUUAUCUUCCAUUUCCACCUGUUAGAAAAAAACCUUUUACAUAUGGCAUACAAAAAAUAAAAUCUAUUGCAAGUUAAAUGAAUCUUCAAUUUAUCAUGCAAACUAAAGCCCAUGCCAACAUGUUUAAAGUGUAGUGUCCAAACCAGUCUAUUUUCAAGGCAUGCCAUCUCCCAUCCAAGUCUCCUUCUGGUACUUCUUCUGACGAUUACGUCGACAGUUGGGUCUGUUCUUUUUCGUUUGUUUCCAUUUUCUUUCUGGCAACAAAUAAGGAAAAGCUUUUAAAUAUGACAAUAAAUGAACUGUGAUGAACUGUGCCGUUAAAAGUGCAUUUACCACCAUGUUCAUAAAGGGGAUUGAUAAGUUACCUGCAGUCUCAGAUGAGGCCUGGAUGGUUUCAGCCUCUUGAUGACAGUUGCAUAUACAAGUCAAAUGUUGCAGUAACGAGCACUGGCUACCACAGUCCGACUUCGCUGGUGAAACUGCGUUUUUUGGGAUUUCGACGGCUAGUUGCUCAUUUUUAGCGGAAUUCGUUUCCACUCUCCCAUUUAGCUCCUGUUCUCUGAUUUGGCGACUGGAAGGACUUUCGUUUUCAGUGCGGGUAUUGGAGAGGGGGGCUUCUACUUGUUUGGAAGAGCAAGGACUAUUCUCUGCCCUUUCAGUUACCCUACAGGGUUUCUGGGUCGGGCUUCGAACAGCCUCAGAAGACUCAUCCAUGUCCCCGCCCUCGUCAACCGCUAGGGAGGUCUCGUCAAGAAGCGAAGCAUGUGCAUUUGAAGGAUCAAUACCUUGAUCUCUUUGAAGCUGCGCCUCUUUAGAAGAGGGAGUUGGGACUCCCGUUCCACACGUCUGGGGGUCAAGUGUUUCAGCAGGAACACUGGUGUCCUCAUCCCGUUGGGUUGUCGGGGGAUAUGCAUUGGAGUGAAUCAAAUGUUGGUGUUCAGCUGACCAAGUGGCUGGGGGAAUAUACACUGGGAAAGCAUUAGCAGACAAUGAAAACCUGCGACUUAGUCUUCUAUCUCUUGGAUGAACGGUUGGAUUACAACUCUGUGUAGAUGGUGCACGCUUUUGAACAUCCUCCAAAAUCUCUUCAAUAAUCACCUCAGGGUCUAACAGUCCAUUCUGCAUCAUCCAGCCCGGAGAAGGAACGUAGGCAGCCAAAGAUUCCACGGACCAAACUGAUUCAUCCAUUUUUCUUUUGAACUGGAAAUGACCCGAGAAUGGAUCCUGCAUUGCAUCUUCAUGUAGAGCAGACUCUUCAUAUUCAUCCAGCACCAGUUCAUUGUCAGGAACUUUCUGGGAUUGGUCUGCUGAUUCUAUGGGUGUAUUCUGUGACAUGCCAUUUCUGGAGUGGAUGUCAGCCACAAUAGAGUCAACCAGCACUGCUGAAUCAUUCAAUGUAUUGAGAGUCGUAGCGUGAUCCUCCCUGAAGUAGAAAGGUGAUCCAAUUAUCUUUGCAAGGUCCUCCCUUUCCUUAUGGCUUAAAACAAUAUCAUCCUCCAAGUUUUUGCUCUUCGUCGUCAGGCUGUCGCAUCUUAUUUCCUUAGCAAGCGCAACC